AGAUGGCGUCAGAUGGAACGCGAUGGUCUUGGGUGGGAUAGGAUGUUUGCCUAUCAGACUCUGACGGUGUGCAACUCGAAAUGAUUGGGUGAGGCACAUCAUCAACAUGGGCCCAGGCCGAGGAAGACGCUGUCAAAACCACCGGCUGUUCUCAACCUGGUACUUGGAUAGCUAUAGUCUCGCAUUCAAUCUUUUCCUUGUUCAUCUUAUUGCUCGUUUUUCUUUCCAACAAUAGCAAUCAUGAGACUCUACAUGUUUCUCUUCGCCAUCCUUCCAGUCGUUCCGGCAGCCGACCUCUACGUCGCACCCACGGGCUCCGACAGUGCGGCCGGCACCCUUGCUGCCCCCCUCAAGUCGAUCCAAACUGCUGUUGACAAGGCCGCUGCCGGUGACACCAUCUACCUGCGUACUGGCACUUACUCGCCCACGACCAACAUCCAGAUCACCAAGAGCGGUACCGCCGCCAAACCUUACACUCUGACAGCUUACAACAAUGAGGCGGUCGUCAUUGACGGCGAGGCUUUGCCCGGAACCCCGGCUGCUCUUGGUGCAUCUCUUCCCAACGCCGACCGUGGUGUCCUCCACGUUGAGAAGGCCAGCUACUGGAAGUUCUACAAGCUCACCAUCAUUAACGGCCCUUACGGCGUCUACCUCCGCGACGGCUCCAAUAACUACUUUGAGAACAUCGUUGCCCACGACAACUACGAGACGGGCUUCCAGAUGCAGGGCGCCCUGAGCAACAACCAGGUCGUCUACCUCGAUUCGUACCGCAACCGCGACCCCCGCAAGAAUGGCGAGAGCGCCGACGGCUUUGCUUGCAAGGAGGGAUCCGGGACAGGCAACAUCCUCAAGGGCGCCCGUCUCUGGGAGAACGUCGACGAUGGUCUUGACCUUUGGGAGUUCAAGUCUCCCGUUACUAUCAUGGAUACUAUAUCUUGGGGAAACGGCGUGAACUUAUGGGGCUUCAGUGACUUCCAGGGGGAUGGUAACGGAUUCAAGCUGGGCGGCGGCGAUGCCGCCGACAUUGGCGCGGCCAGCCAUGUCAUCACCAACUGUAUCGCCUUCGACAAUGUCGCCAAGGGAUUCACGGACAACAAGCAGCCGGGCAGCUUUCGGUUCACGCGCAACACGGCGUGGAACAACGGCGCCGUUGGCUUCCAAACCAUCACGAGCAAGUCGACGCUCGCAGGCAACGUCGCAGCCGCCAACUCCGGGACGACAGCCAAGUCGGGCCAGACAUCCCUCGCCAGCGGCACUACCAGUAUCGGUAACUCGUGGGACGGGAGCGAGACCUGGACUAACACGAGCUUCAAGAGCGUCGAGGUCAGACUCGUCAAGGGCGCGCGCCAGGCCAACGGCAAGAUCGCCGCGAGCAGCUUCUUACUUCCCACCUCUGGCGAGGCCGUUGGCGCAACCACCGCUUGGUCUUAAGAGAUCUUUUGAUCUAGCCUUCGUUGAUACGUGUUGCGUACAAGCGUAAAUAGCUCUCGUGUAAAUGUUUAAUGGGAGUGCCGAAGAACAAGGUAGGUUGAACUAGCCAGUUUACAUCUAAAAUGCACGCUAGUGGCGGCAGUGUGUCCAUCGAGGACCCAUCAAUCAGAACGGCAGCCCUUUUCCUUGCGUAUGGCGAGC